AUGGCUUCGACAAAGUUCAGAGUGGUUGUUUGCGGCGCUUCAGGCCAGACUGGCCGGUCGAUCAUGGACCAGCUGCUCGCAUCGCCAGGCCAGUUCGAGACUGUCGACCUCGCCCGCCCCGAAUCGGUCAGCAAGGAGAUACGCCAGGACUUUGCUAGACGGGGUGCCGUAGUGAAAGAGAUCAAUGUCAAUGACACACAGGUCGUUCCCACCCUUCUGACUGUCGCGGAUGUCGUCAUCUCCUGUCUAAUAUUUGCCCAAAAGGCGGAGGCAGAAUCCCUUAUUGACGCAUCUCAUAAAGCUUGCGUCGGGUGUAAGGGACCAGAAGAAUUUCAGCACCGGCGCAAGCGCUUGUACCUCCCUUAUACUGCCAUGGACGUCGGGUUUUGGUACCAAGUGAGCAUUCCGCGUGUGCCCUCGGGCAGACUCAACAAGGGUCUCACUUUCCCCGAUGAUGUUUUACUGGGUGACGGGAAUACCAGGACUAUCCUGACCGAUAUAGCCGAUAUUGGUAAAUACGUCGUGCGCAUAAUCUCCGACCCUUGCACCCUGAACAGGCUAGUAUGUGCCUAUAACGAGGUGACUACGCAGAACAAGUUUAUGGCCCCAGUCGAGGAACUCAGUGGCGAGACCAUCCCGAAGAAAUAUCAGUCAAAGGGAGAGCUCGAGGAAAUCAUUUCUCCCGUGGCCAACGAGCUUGCGCAGAACCCCAACAACGGGGGCGUUUUGCUGAAGAAGUUCGUUAUGUACCCCGAGCAUGCCAAGUAUCUUGGAUAUUUGGACGCAAAUGAGCUGUAUCCAGAUGUCGAAUACGCAACUGCGAAAGAAUUUAUUCGUCAAUUGUUAAAGGGCGGGAGGGACGCCGUGUUAUACUAUGGUCGGGAUUUUGUCGUUAACAGGGAUUAA